AUGUCGGAAGAAAUAUCAGUCGCAAGACCCGACGACACAGACCAAGUACUACUGCUAGUCAACUGUCGCAGUCGCAGUCCCGAACCCGCCAGCUCACUGCAACUAUCCCGGAGUAAAAAGCAGGGCCCAGUAAUCGUCGCCAGUUCCUCACUGUCGUCGUCGGACUUGGAAUCUCCCAGUCUCGCAGAUAAGAGCGACAGUAUCCGGAUUCUCGAGAACAGGGCCAUGGGGGAGGAGCCAGCGCCCGCCGGCGCUGACAGAUCGUGUGCAUUAUCAUCAUCAUCUUCUUCUUCUUCAUGGAGUACGGCCGCGCUGUCCUCCUCGUCUCGAGCGCCGUCGUUCUCCACAAGCCCAAGACGCAGUCCAGGGUUAUAUGGCUGUCUCUUCCACAUGCUGGACUGCCACGAGUCCUUUGACGAGAUCGCAGAAUGGCGAGCGCAUGUCCUCAGCCAUUUUCAUGCACACCCGCCCCCUCCCACAGCGCGGUGUCCUCUCUGCCCAAAUGUCAAGUUUACCAGCACCGGCGCAGUGACGUCUCCAGGUGCAUCGCCCAUACUGGAGAAUCCAACUAGCCACGAGUCGAUUCCAGACCCUUCUCCUCUCCCCACUCCAACCUCAAUCCUUGCAUCUGAGCACGAACAAGAACAACAUCCCACGGCAUGGUCUCACCUCCUCACCCACGUCGCAACAGCCCAUUACCAGCACGGCCACACGCUAGCAGGAAGCCGACCGGACUUUGAGCUAAUGGGCUAUCUAUAUCGGCUGCGUCUGAUCUCAGAUGCCCAGUUCAAGGCGAUGCAGCUGCCGCCUGCGCCGUCGAGUCCCGCGUAUCAUCGCUCACUGGAUGGCGUGCGGAGGAGUAUUGGGUCGGCGGAUGAGCCAUAUUGUGCGCCGUAUAGUCGGAGGAGGGAGGAGAGGCUGAGGGGGCAGUCGCCUAAUAAUGGGCUUGGUGUGGUGUGA